CGGGGCCUGGUGGCUGCGCCGCCGGGUGCUGGUAUCCCAGCCGGCCGCCUCGGGUGCUCCGCUCGGUCCCGCACCUGCUGACCUCGCCCGGCCCGGGGCGCCGCUGCCAUGCGGCUGGCGCUGCUCUGGGCCCUGGGGCUCCUGGGCGCGGGCAGCCCUCGGCCCUCCCCACCGCUCUCAAAUAUAGGUGGCACUGAGCAGCAGCAGGCGAGACCAGAGAGGGCCUUGAAUGGGUCCUUGGAGAGCCAGGUCUUUCUGGACAGCCCCCCGAUUAGCCUAGCAGAAGUGCUUCAGACCAGUCUACCUGAGGCCCUGAAGAUCAAAUUGGAGCUGGAUGGUGAGAGUCACGUCUUGGAGCUGCUUCAGAAUAGGGAUCUAGUCCCUGGCCGCCCAACCCUGGUGUGGUACCAGCCUGAUGGCUCUCGGGUGGUCAGUGAGGGACACACUCUGGAAAACUGCUGCUACCAGGGAAGAGUGCAGGGCCACACAGGCUCUUGGGUCUCCAUCUGUACCUGCUCUGGGAUCAGGGGCUUGGUGGUCUUGUCUCCAGAGACAAGCUAUACCCUGGAGCUGGGGUCCGGCAACCUACAGGGUCCUCUCAUUGUUUCCCGGAUCCAAGACUUCCUUCUGCCAGGCCAUACCUGUGACCCAGGCUGGCAUACAUUUGUGCCCACUCAGGCUCAACUAGAUCUCCCUCCAGGACAGCACCACAUUGGCCGGAGGAAGCGGGAUGUGGUAACAGAGACCAAAAUUGUUGAGCUGGUGAUUGUGGCUGAUAAUUCAGAGGUCAGGAAGUACCCCGACUUCCAACAGUUGUUGAACCGCACACUAGAAGUGGCCCUCCUGCUAGACACGUUCUUCCAGCCCCUGAAUAUUCGGGUGGCACUUGUGGGCCUGGAGGCCUGGACCCAGCAUGACCUGAUAGAGAUGAGUCCAAACCCAGCUGUCAUACUAGAAAACUUCCUCCACUGGCGCCGGACAGAUUUGCUGCCUCGAUUGCCCCAUGAUAGUGCCCAGCUGGUGACUGUUACUUCUUUCUCUGGGCCUAUGGUGGGGAUGGCCAUUCAGAAUUCCAUCUGUUCCCCUGACUUCUCAGGAGGUGUCAAUAUGGACCACUCCACAAGCACCCUAGGAGUUGCCUCCUCUAUCGCACAUGAAUUGGGCCACAGCCUGGGCCUGGACCAUGAUUCACCUGGGAGCAGCUGUCCUUGUCCAGGUCCCGCCCCAGCCAAGAGCUGCAUCAUGGAGUCCUCCACAGACUUCCUCCCAGGCUUAAACUUCAGCAACUGCAGCCGACAGGCCCUGGAGAAAUCCCUCCUAAAUGGGAUGGGCAGCUGUCUCUUUGAACGGCAGCCCAGCCUGCCCUCUAUGUCUGCUUCGUGUGGAAAUAUGUUGGUGGACCCUGGCGAGCAGUGUGACUGUGGCUUCCCAGAUGAGUGCACUGAUCCCUGCUGUGAUUACUUUACCUGCCAGCUGAGGCCAGGGGCACAGUGUGCAUCUGAUGGACCCUGUUGUCAAAACUGCAAGCUGCACCCAGCUGGAUGGCAGUGCCGCCCUCGGAGAGAUGAUUGUGAUUUGCCCGAGUUCUGCCCAGGAGAUAGUUCCCAGUGCCCACCUGACAUCAGACUGGGGAAUGGCGAGCCUUGUGCUGAUGGACAGGCUGUAUGCAUGCAUGGGCGCUGUGCCUCCUAUGUCCAGCAGUGCCAGUCACUCUGGGGACAUGGGGCCCAGCCCGCAGCACCACUUUGCCUUCUAACAGCCAACACUCGGGGCAAUGCCUUUGGGAGCUGUGGGCGCAGUCCCAAUGGCAGCUAUGUGCCCUGCACACCUAGAGAUGCCAUUUGUGGGCAACUACAGUGCCAGGGGGGUAGGAGCCAGCCUCUACUGGGCUCAGCCCGGGAUCUGCUCUGGGAGGCCUUGGAAGCCAAUGGUACACAGCUGAACUGCAGCUGGGCACACCUGGACCUGGGCAGUGAUGUGGCCCAGCCCCUCUUGGCUCUGCCUGGCACUGCUUGUGGCUCUGGCCUGGUGUGCAUUGACCAUCAGUGCCAGCCUGUGGAUCUCCUGGGAGCACAGGAAUGUCGAAGCAAAUGCCAUGGGCAUGGGGUCUGUGACAGCAACAGGCACUGCCACUGUGAGGAGGGCUGGGCACCCCCUGACUGCAAGACUCAGCUCCGAGCAACCAGCUCCCUGACCACAGGCCUGCUCCUCAGCCUCCUGUUGUUACUAGUCCUAGUGCUAGUUGGUGCCAGCUACUGGCAUCGUGCCCGCCUGCACCAUCGACUCUGCCAGCUCAAGGGAUCCAGCUGCCAGUACAGGGCAGCCCAAUCUAAUCCUCCUGAACGGCCAGGACCCCCACAGAGGACACAGCUGAUGUCAGGCACUAAGCAGGCUAGUGCUCUGGCCUUCCCAGCUCCCCCCUCCAGGCCGCUGCCACCUGACCCUGUGCCCAAGAAACUCCAGGUAAAUCUGGGCCGGGCCUUGUGCUGGCUCAGGACAGGUGGGAGGCUUGGUACCCAACCGCAGUUCUCAUCCCUGCUUCUCCCAGUGGUGCUCUUCCUUAGGAAACCAGGGUGCCCCCUCAGCCUUCAGACACAGGCCCAGAAGCAGCCAAGGGCGAGCCUCCUGUCUUGGUCUCUACUGCCACCUGGUGGUCAAUGGCUGAGCUGGCUGACCUAUCCAAUCCCCCGACUCGCCCUCUGCCCGCCGACCCCGUGUCUCAGGGGCCUGCCAAACCCCCACCCCCAAGGAAGCCACUGCCUUCCGACCCUCUGGGCCAGUGCCCAUCAGGUGACCUACCUGGCCCAGGAGCUGGAAGUAUGCCGCUGGUGGUACCCUCCAGGCCAGCGCCACCACCCCCAGUAGCAUCCAUGCUCUACCUCUGACCUCUCUUGAGGUUUGGCUGCCUCCAGCCCAGAUUUAGAACUUAAAGAAGUGAAAUCUCUGCUGGAAACCCCCAAAAUGACUAAAGGAGCAGGAACCUAGAUGCUUCAGUAUCCAGUCCUAAGGAACCAGCUACCAUCAGGUGCUGUUAAAGCAACAGCCUGGGAACCUACCAGCGCAGCUGUAGCUAGGUGUUGGGGAGGGGCUGGGGCUGGAGAAUCAGAUUGAAGAAUUUGCACACAGCCUGUCUCUGCUCUGUUGUAAUAAAUGUGAGAUUUUGGAAUUUGCUCUUGGAA